AUGGAUACGUUUUCACUAAGUUCUCCCGGUUUUGUGAACCUAUUAUCUUCCCAGUCCAGUCAAACCGUAGAAGUAGGGUCGUCUGAGGUUCCUAAACCGGCUGCUGAAAGGAGAAAGUGGACGACUCAAGAAGACAUUGUCCUCAUCAGUGUCUGGUUAAACACAAGCAAAGAUCCCAUAGUUAGUAACCAGCAGAAACUAGGGUCGUUUUGGAGAAGAAUAGAGGAUUACUUUAAUGCAAGCGCUCAGCUCGGUGGCUUUCCACCUAGAGAGUGGAGUCAGUGUAAGCAGAGCUAUGAGGCAGCAUUGAAGGAGCAAUCUAGUGGGCAGAACGAGAACAAUGUCAUGAAGUCAGCUCAUGACAUCUUCUUUAACAACUACCAGGCGAAGUUUACACUUGAACACGCGUGGAGGAAGCUGAGGUAUGAUCAGAAGUGGAGAUCGAACUCUAUAUCAAGAGAUGGUGCAAAGGAGAAAAUGAAGGAAGCUGCGGAGACGGUGCAUGACUCGGAUGAGGCUAGGCCUCCUGGCGUUAAGGCUUGCAAAGCAGCCAAACGCAAGAAGCAUGGCAAUGAAUGUAUGGGAGAUAAAGUCUAA